AUGUUCUGGAUAAUGCCCCUGGAGCUCGCCGGCACCGUCGCGCUGCUGGUCCUCUUCGGCAUCGCACAGCCAGAUCUCUUCCGCACGCAGCUCUGGCGCAUCGGAUACGUCCGGGGCUUCAACUCGAACCCGGCCAUCCUCCUCUACGCCAAGGCGAACCAUGAACCUGCUCCCAACGUGCCCCUGGUGUGGGCCGAGACACUCACAAACUUCAACGUCGCCAUCUCAGUGCUCUCCCUCUUCGUCCUCGUCGCCAAGCUGAUCGGCUUCAUCAUGCGCGUCUGGACCCCGAUCGUCGGCCUCAUCUUCAGCCUCGCCAUGUCCGCCUUGUACACCGUCAGCAUCUACGGCCAGAUGGGGCCUGACCACUACGACCCGUUGCGCCCGAGCCCCAUCGCGUGGUACAUCCGCAUGGGGUGCUGGCCCGCAGAGGGCUUCGCAAACGACGCGGUGCGAAGCUGCCAGCUGGCCAAGGGCACCUUUGCGGUCACCGUCGUCCAGCUGGUGAUAUACCUCUACUGCCUCGGCCUGGCGGUCCAGAACAUGAUCCCCACCAAGGAGGAGAAGGAGGAGAUGCAGAUGCGCAAGUCGAUGAAGGGCGUCGACGACGACUCCGAGAACGGGACGCCCGUCGACAAGGUCGUCUUCGAGAUGCAGCCGCCGCCAAAGUCCCAGAACUUCUACGGCAGCAACUACCCGACCUACCAGAGCUACCAGCAGAGCCAAGGGGUCUUCACGCCCAGGACGCAGGCCUUCAACACGCUGGACAGGCAGCUCCCCCUGAGGGGCUACCAGCAGCAGUAG